AUGUCAUGGAAUAGUGCUUUGGAGCGUGCAAGUGAUCACUGGGAUAUGGGACUGCCCAACCUUGACUUUUCUGUCCCUUCUGAUUUAGAAGAAUUUGAUUGUUUGAGCCUUAAACAUUUCCCAAAAAUUUUUUAUCCAAAAAAUAAUUUAAUUUAUUGCCUUUUAAUGAUUGUCCAAAUGAAACGAUAAGCUGCAGUUUUCAACUGAACCCUUUGGCUCUCUCGCCUGAGCCCAUAUAUAAUGAAGUAAGAGAUGUCGAACUCUCCACCCAGUGCUCGCAGUCUCGCAGAGGAAAAACGGUCUGGACUCCAGAAGAGGAUGAACUACUAAGCCAACUUACAAAAAAAUACAAGAAGCGCUGGGACAUUAUCAGUAACUAUUUUCCCGAUAAAAAUGCUCAGGCAGUCCAGCGAAGAUGGGCAAAUAAGCAUGACCCGAACGUAAUUAAAACUAGGUGGACGCCAGAGGAAGACGAGCUUAUAUUAAAAUUGUAUAAAAACUACGGUGGAAACUGGAAAAAGAUAACCGCUUGUUUAAAAGGCAGACCUGCUGAUGCCGUGAAAAACAGGUUUUAUGGAACCAUCAAAAAAAAGAUCCAGAAACAAAAUGAGCCAGUCAACGAAAAGGCGUCUGAUGUCGCAGCUCCGGAUAAACCUGAGCCAGUGACUGAGAAAAUUUGGAAGGAAGAACAGAUUAUUGAUAGUUUUCUUAUAGAACCGAGCAAGGCCAAGGCCAAGCCUAAAGAAGAAGCGCUGUCGCUGGAAAAGCUUGCUGUUGCAGCGAAAGAAAUGUCGGCGCUGUCAGAAGAAGAGAAGAGGCUAAAAAUAAAGGACCUGUAUGAGAAAAUGAUGACUCUUCAAGAGCACCUUAAGCAUACCAAAGACCAAAUCAAGAGCUUGGAGUUCAAGAAGAUUUAG